GGAACGGCGAUGGUGAUGUAUAUUCGCAGAACGAUUGCACCUCAGACAAUGGACAGCUCGGUAUGAUUUAGUAGUUGAAAAUGAAGACAGACUUCCAGUUCUCAAAUCUUUUGGGUACUGUCUACCGUCGUGGAAACUUGCUCUUCACUCCAGACGGAACAUGUCUUCUCUCGCCCGUCGGAAACAGGGUUACGGUUUUUGAUCUGGUUAAUAACAAGUCUCAUACUCUGCCCUUCGCCCAUCGCAAGAACAUCGCACGGCUAGCUCUCAAUCCGAAAGGAAACCUUCUGCUCACUAUCGACGAGGAUGGCCGCGCGAUUCUCACCCAUCUUCUUCGACGAGUUGCUUUGUAUCAUUUCUCAUUUCGACAGCCGGUCACAGCGAUAAAUUUCUCGCCUUCCGGACGCUUCUUUGCAGUGGGAAUUGGUCGCAUUAUAGAAGUAUGGCAUACACCUUCAACUCCUGAUUCAAAUGAGGAUGGAGGCCUGGCAUUUGCUCCUUUCGUAAGACAUCAUCGGCAUGUAGGUCACUUUGACGACAUUACAAGCAUACAAUGGUCGAGCGACUCGAGAUUCUUUCUGAGCUCGUCAAAAGAUCUGAAUGCUAGAGUCUGGAGCCUGCACCCAGAGAAUGGAUUUGUGCCCACCACUUUAGGUGGACAUCGACAAGCCGUGAAAGGGGCCUGGUUUUCAAAGGACCAAGAAACAAUUUGGACCAUUAGUAAAGACGGGGCAUUGUUUGAGUGGCAAUACAUGCACAAGCCUGGCACAGAGGAAAGUAAUGAUCUUUCCUCCGACGAAGAUAUGCGUUGGCGCAUCGCCAACGUGCACUAUUACAAUCAAGGGAACGCCGACUUAACAUGCGCCGCAUUUCAUACUGCUUCGAACCUGAUGGUUGCCGGCUUCUCCAACGGUAUAUUCACAUUGCAUGAGCUGCCGGGAUUUACCGAGCUUCAGACCUUGAGUAUAUCUCAAAAUAAUAUUGAUCAAGUCACAAUCAAUAAUUCAGGCGAGUGGCUAGCCUUCGGCGCUUCAAAACUUGGCCAAUUACUCGUUUGGGAAUGGCAAUCGGAGUCGUACAUUCUUAAACAGCAGGGUCACUUCGAUUCAGUGAAUGCAUUGACAUAUACUCCGGACGGGCAAAAGAUAAUCACAUGUGCUGACGACGGUAAAAUCAAAGUCUGGGACGUUAGUUCAGGGUUUUGUAUUGUCACCUUUACAGAGCACACUGGUGGUGUCACGGCCUGCGAGUUUUCGAAAAAGGGCAAUGUGCUCUUCACAGCGAGCCUGGAUGGCAGUGUGAGGGCCUGGGACUUGGUGCGUUAUCGAAACUUCAGGACCUUUACUGCUCCGAUAAGAUUAGGCUUUUCAAGUAUCGCAGUCGAUCCCAGCGGCGAGGUUGUUUGUGCGGGCAGUCUUGAAUCAGAUCAAAUACACAUUUGGUCUGUGCAAACUGGACAGCUUCUCGAUCAACUUGCUGGCCAUGAGGGUCCAAUCUCGACACUCACGUUCUCUGCUGAUGGGUCUACUCUCGUCAGUGGAAGUUGGGAUAACACCGUUCGGCUAUGGAGUAUUUUUGCUAGAACACAGACAAGUGAACCACUACAGUGCCAGGCGAAUGUUCUUUGCGUGGCAGUCCGACCAGACAGUAAGCAAUUAGCUGUUUCGACACUGGAUGGCCAGUUGAGUUUUUGGUCCAUAUCCGAGGGCCAGCAAACCAAAGCCCUUGACGGCAGGCGCGACGCCUCGGGAGGCAGAAGAUUAGCGGAUCGUAGAGCUGCUGCAAACAUUGCAGGCACAAAGGCGUUCAACACCAUCACAUACUCCGCAGACGGUAGCUGUGUGCUUGCCAGUGGCAACAGUAAGUAUAUCUGUCUGUAUGAGGUGCAGAGUGGUAUGCUGGUAAAGAAAUUUACUGUGAGCGUAAAUCUGAGCCUAGACGGCACACAGGAAUUCCUCAAUUCCAGAAAUCUGACAGAAGCAGGCCCAAGAGGCCUCAUUGACGAGGACGGCGAAGAGUCAGAUCUGGACAGGAGACUAGAAGGGGAGAAGAGAUUGCCAGGCGCUCAAAGAGGAGAUGCCAGCGAACGCCAGAGACGACUUGAGGUCAGGGUACCAGCUGUUGCGUUUUCCCCGCAAGGAAGAGCCUUCUGUGCAGCGAGCACCGAAGGCUUGCUUGUUUAUUCGUUAGAUCGGGGCAUGCUAUUUGAUCCGUUCGACCUGGAUGUUGAUGUCACGCCGGAAACGACUCUACUCAAACUGAAGGCGGGGGAAUACCUCACGGCACUUAUCAUGUCCUUCCGCCUCAACGAAACGCCAUUGAUCCAGCACGUCUUUGAGAAGAUACCACAUGCCGAUAUCAAACUCACCGUUAGACAAGUACCGGAUGUGUACCUCCCUCGCCUGAUGCGUUUUAUUGCCAAACGUACGGAAGAAGGCCCACAUAUUGAGUUUUGCUUGCUGUGGAUAGAAGCUUUAUUCGUAGCAAAAGGUCGAAUUCUCCGAGAUCGCAAGGGAGAGUAUGCGAGUGAAUUGAGAGCCCUCAUGAGAGUUCUUGGGAUGGUUGAACGUGAAGUUAGGAGAUUGGGCGAGAAUAACGGGUACAAACUUGAUGUGCUGCUUAAACAACCGCUAAAACGGAAAGAGGAUGGGUUUUUGAUCAUGGAUGUUAACGAUGAUGUUUCAGAAAAUGUUAAGAUUGAAGGGAGUGAUCUCAGCGAUGAAGGGGAGUGGAUGGGUGUGUAGUGAUACAAGCAGUCGCAAAAUCACGGCACAUAUGCAAGCAUUAAGUCCAUCGCAACUUCAGAGAGCUAAC